AGCCACAACCCUUAUCUUAGACUCCAUUCCAGGAACGAGUUCUUCCUGCACGAAACCUUAAUAAUCAUAUGACGUGCGUACCUCGCAAACACGCCCCUUCCAAAAAGAACACCUCAACAACGAGCAUGUCCCCCAAGUCACUGUGCCAAAAUACGCCAAGAUGCCAAUCGUGCACAUAGUCCUUUUUGAAUUCAAGCCGUCGACUGAGAGUGAAGUUAUCCAUGAUGUCUGCAGACGUAUGCUAGCAUUGAAGCAGAAUUGCGUCCAUCCUACGACUAAGCAAGCAUACAUCCUAGAUAGCACGGGCGGAAGAGAUAAUUCUCCUGAAGGACAUCAAGGUGCUUUCACGCAUGCAUUUGUUUCCCAUUUCGCGAGCGAAGAGGAUCGAAGAUAUUACUUAGAGGAAGAUCCGGAGCAUUUGGCUUUCGUGAAGAGUUUGGAGAAUAUCAUUCAGAAUAUUAGAGUAGUGGAUUACAGUCCUGGCAUAUUCUGAAAUGAGGGUAGAAGAGAUAUCAAGUCUCAAUGAAAUGGGAAUGUGAGCACAAGCCAUGCGAAAU